AUGUUGGUCUACACACCCAGCAACCAAAGAGCUUUGCGCCUCCUCUUGCUCCUGCUUCCCGCAGCCUGGAAGGCGGGGAGCGGCCAGCUCCACUAUUCCGUCCCGGAGGAGGCCAAACACGGUACCUUCGUGGGCCGCAUCGCCCAGGAUUUGGGGCUGGAACUGACGGAGCUCGUACCGCGCCUUUUCCGCGUGGCGUCCACGGGUCACGGGGACCUUCUGGAGGUAAAUCUGCAGAAUGGCAUUUUGUUCGUGAAUUCUCGGAUUGACCGGGAGGAUCUGUGCGGGCGGAGCGCGGAGUGCAGCAUCCACCUAGAGGUGAUCGUGGACAGGCCGCUGCAGGUUUUCCAUGUGGAGGUGGAGGUGAAGGACAUUAACGACAAUGCGCCGGUCUUCUCCGUCUCAGAACAAAAGCUUUUAAUACCCGAAUCUCGACUGCUUGACUCUCGAUUUCCGCUAGAAGGCGCAUCUGAUGCGGAUGUUGGAGACAAUGCAGUGCUUACCUAUAGACUCAGUCCAAAUGAGUUUUUCAUUCUUGAUAUUAUAAACAAAAAAGACAAAGGCAAAUCCCCAGUGCUUGUUCUAGAAAAAAUGCUGGAUCGUGAAGAAAAUCCUCAGCUUCAGUUGUUAUUAACCGCAACGGAUGGAGGCAAACCGGAAUAUACUGGAUCUGUUACUUUACUGAUCUUGGUGUUGGAUGCCAAUGAUAAUGCGCCUGUAUUUGACCGAUCCGUUUAUGAAGUUAAGAUGUAUGAAAAUUCAGCGAACCAAACGUUAAUAAUAUGGCUAAAUGCGUCUGAUGCAGAUGAAGGAAUAAACAAGGAAAUGAUAUAUUCAUUUAGCGCUUUGGUUCCACCCAGCGUAAGGAGGAAAUUUCUAAUGAACGAAAAAACGGGAGAAAUAAGAGUAAAUGAUGCAAUUGACUUUGAGGACAGUAACACUUAUGAAAUUCAUGUAGAUGUUACAGAUAAAGGAAACCCACCUAUGGUUGGUCACUGCACCGUACUAGUGGAAGUUCUGGAUGAAAAUGAUAAUUCACCUACGGUGAUUAUCACUUCUCUGUCACUCCCGGUGCGAGAAGAUGCUCAGGUGGGAACUGUCAUCGCCCUUAUCAGCGUGUCCGAUCGUGACUCUGGUGCCAAUGGGCAGGUGACCUGCUCAUUAACACCCUACGUCCCCUUCAAGCUGGUGUCCACCUUCAAGAACUACUAUUCGCUGGUGCUGGACAGCGCCUUGGAUCGCGAGAGCGUGUCCAACUAUGAGCUGGUGGUGACAGCGCGGGACAGAGGAUCGCCUCCGCUCUCCGCCACCGCCAGCUUGUCCGUGGAAGUGGCGGACGUGAACGACAACGCGCCGGCGUUCGCGCAGCCCGAGUACACGGUGUUCGUGAAGGAGAACAACCCGCCCGGCUGCCACAUCUUCACGGUGUCGGCGCGGGACGCGGACGCGCAGGAGAACGCGCGGGUGUCCUACUCGCUGGUGGAGCGGCGCGUGGGCGAGCGCGCGCUGUCGAGCUACGUGUCGGUGCACGCGGAGAGCGGCAAGGUGUACGCGCUGCAGCCGCUGGACCACGAGGAGCUGGAGCUGCUGCAGUUCCAAGUGAGCGCGCGCGACGCGGGCGUGCCUCCGCUGGGCAGCAACGUGACGCUGCAGGUGUUCGUGCUGGACGAGAACGACAACGCGCCCGCGCUGCUGCCGCGGCCCGGCGCGGGCGGCGGGGGCGGCGCGCUGAGCGAGCUGGUGUCGCGGUCGGUGGGCGCGGGCCACGUGGUGGCGAAGGUGCGCGCGGUGGACGCGGAUUCCGGCUACAACGCGUGGCUGUCGUUCGAGCUGCAGCCGGCAGCGGGGGGCGCGCGCAGCCCGUUCCGCGUGGCGCUGUACACGGGCGAGAUCAGCACGACGCGCCCCCUGGACGAGGCGGACCCGCCGCGCCAGCGCCUGCUGGUGCUGGUCAAGGACCACGGCGAGCCGGCGCUGACGGCCACGGCCACCGUGCUGCUGUCGCUGGUGGAGAGCGGCCAGGCGCCAAAGGCGUCGUCGCGGGUGUUGGCGGGCGCCGCUGGCGCCGAGACGGCGCUGGUGGACGUCAACGUGUACCUGAUCGUCGCCAUCUGCGCGGUGUCCAGCCUGCUGGUGCUCACGCUGCUGCUGUACACGGCGCUGCGGUGCUCGGCUCCGCCCAGGGAGGGCGCGUGCGGGCCUGGGAAGCCCACGCUCGUGUGCUCCAGCGCGGUGGGGAGCUGGUCGUACUCGCAGCAGAGGCGGCAGAGGGUGUGCUCUGGGGAGGGCGCGCCCAAGACCGACCUCAUGGCCUUCAGUCCCAGUCUUCCUCCGUGUCCAGUCCCAGACGGAGAAACGGAAGAGCAGUCCAAUGAAGGGGAUUACUCUAGGAAGGUGGGUUAUUACUUUUUUAUUUCAAUAUGUUGUUUGGUAAAUAAUAUUUUAUUAACCGCUUUCCCCCCUCAUAUAUGUCUCAGAAUAUCUCCAUUCUUUCUAAUAUAG